AUGAGUGUCAACGAAGAUAUGGACAAGGGAAAAGGUUCGCGGAUGCAACUCAACAAAUCGUUGAGCAACACUGCGCAGUGGGUCAAAUUGAAUGUGGGAGGCACUUGUUUUUUGACCACUAAGACAACAUUGUGUCGCGAUCCCAAUUCAUUUUUAUGCAGAUUGUGUUCAGAGGAAUCCGAUCUCAUUUCAGACAUGGAUGAAAAUGGUGCAUACAUGAUUGACCGUGAUCCAACUUACUUUAGUCCUAUUUUAAAUUACCUUCGUCAUGGAAAGUUAGUUUUAAAUAAAAAUCUUGCUGAAGAAGGUGUGUUAGAAGAAGCCGAAUUCUAUAAUAUUACCGAAUUAAUUAACAUAUUAAAAGAAAAGAUAUUACAGAGAGAUAAAAAACUUUGUUCUGAUCAAGUGAAAAAACAUACUUAUAGAGUAUUACAAUGUCAUGAAGAUGAACUUACUUGGAUGAUAUCAACCAUGUCCGAUGAAUGGAAAUUUGAACAAUUGGUAAACAUUGGAUCCAAAUACAACUAUGGGAAUUACGAUCAAGCUGAAUUCUUAUGUGUAGUUUCUAGAAAAGAAGGAGUGUCUGACUCUCCAAAAACAGAAUCAACAGAUAAAGCAAAGGAAUUGCAACAACGAGCAUCGCGUAUGUGAUAUAUGCAGUCCACUAAAUCUGUGAUUGUGCGUGUAUGUACAUUUUUUAAGACAAUAUAUUAUGUGACUAAAGAUCUAUGCAGAAAAUCGGCAAGCCGAUUUACAAGAGAACAACAAAAUCCUAGGUCCUAGUAUGGUAGCUACAUUAUUUAUGGUAUAUUUGUUUUGUUGCAUAUAAGUCAAUUUAUUUCUAAUGAAAUAAAUUAUAUAAUAACACGUAACAGUAAAAAUUUAUAUACCAUGCAUAUUUACAAAUAUAUAUUUAUAUAUUUGUAUGUACAUACAAAAGUAUUUAAGUUAUCAGUAUCAUUAUACACCCAUUUUUUAAUUGUUAUUAUAACAUCUUCCAAAGUUAAAUUUUUUAACUUAAAAUAUUAGGAAAA